AAUAUGGAGGACUUGACAGUUGCGUAAUCCGUCGUAAAGUUAAAGCGAAAAGAAAACGAUCUGUUAAAUACGUGUUCGUUAAAUUUUAACGAUCUAUUGUUGCUCGAUCGAUGAUAAUCACUUGACAAGUACUAGAUUAAUAAACAGAUUAUGGACAACGAAUUCGAUUCCAACGACGAGGUGGAGAAAGAUGAACUAGCGGACGACGACGACGACGACGACGACGACGAGAAAGGACAAGGAGAGUUGAAGGACGAGAAGACUGCGACACAACGGAAAGAUGGCGACGAUGUAAAUCGUUUCGAGAGUUCAGCCGACGUCUACGCGUUGUUCGGCCAGGAUGUCGAUGACGAUACGAAACUCAAUAAAGAAUGGGACGUCGAGGAAUGGGAACGAUCUCCGUCCAAAGAAACGAUCGACUCGGAGAAGGAGGCGAAGGAAAUGGCGUAUCUCGAUGUCGAGCACGAGCCGAAAGAAAGACGCAGAACCAUUUACGAGCUGGACUCGUAUUCCUCCACCGGUCUCUCGGCCGUGGACGUCCUCAAGCUUAGCUCGAUGGACAUUGAACCUGAGCCUCGAAAAGAAGUUCGAUACUCGAUAUCAUUGGGCAUGCCAGGCAUAGCUAGGAUAAACUUAUCGCCGUUGACGCAAAAGGUGAUCGGUUGCGUGAUCGGGGAGAACGUCAGCACCGAGUAUCCGUGGAUAUUCGUCCGGAAGGAGAUAAUCGAGGACAAUAUAGAUCUUCACGAAGAGAGCAGCGACUUUUUGCCGGUGAAAGACGAGAUACGCGAGUUCGCUGAGCAGAAGAUACUUAUCGGCUACAUGCCGUCGCUGACGCAGGAGGGCCAGUUCUACAUUUGUUUGACCAUCGAGGGACAACGCGCUAUGGUGGAGUACAUUAAAAGGCAGAGGGAGGAGCACGAGAACCGUGUCAGAAACACGGUUUACAAACCGCUGGGCAAAUGGCAAGAAUUGGGAAGCGCCGACGAGAUUGAAACGACCAUCGUUGCCAAGACAAGGCCGCUCCUGGAGAUCGAGUUUGUGUCUACGGCGGACGUGCUCAACGUGGACCUGGAUUUGGUGGACAGAACGGCGAACGAACAGAAGGACGGGUACAUCGAGCUGCUCCCUUAUCGCGAGGUCUUUCAAAAUAUUUCCCGGAGGUUGAUGUGCGCUGCUACCCAAGUAACGCCGCAGAAUAGAGACUCGGAGACGCAGACGGUGAUUUCGACGCCGGCGAAUCGCUGGACCCAAUAUGGAUACGGGUACGAGUCUCCGGACAUUUCUUCCUUCACCGAAGAGCAACUGGAACAACUGAGAAUCUUCCUGCACCGUUUCACGGACGAAGUGUGCGACGAACUUCUAUUAAACGCCACAUGGGACAUCUAUUCGAACGAUUACAUGAAUCUGGUGCGCGACUCAAGGGAUACACAAUGGUCCGUACCUAGAAUUUACAAGGAAAACCUGAGCUUUCACGACGGUACCCGUGUGGUGGAGAAGGUGAUCAACGACAUCGCGUGGCAUCCGUUAUGGACCGGGGUCCUGUUUGCUGCCUACACGCGGUACUCGAAGAGUCAUCGCCUAGUGGGCCCCAAGUCGCACGAAGAUGUACUGAAAGCCGACGACGAUAAUUACGUUCUGACAUGGUCGUUUAACGACAGUCUAACGCCAAAACUGGUUCUCGAAUGCACAAGGGAGGUGACCGCGGUCGCCUCGAACCCGUUGGACGCAAACCUGAUUGUAGGGGGCUGCGCGAACGGCCAGAUCGUGCUGUGGCAUAUCCCCGGGAAGAUCGAGCAAAUUGAAACGGUGCCGGUGAGCACACCGACCCAGAUAAAGUACAAGCUCGCCAUAAAGAACUUGACCACAUGGCUGCGGCAAGUGUCCGCCACUUACGUUGUCAAGCCCACCCUGUUGUCCUCGCUGAAAGAAAGCCAGAAAGGUGAAAUAACCAAUAUAACGUGGCUCUCGCCUUACAGCACGGUCGACGAGAACGGUGUAGUAUCGUCGUUGCCGGAGGACACAAGCGUGGACGAUUUGAGCACACAAUUUGUUACUUCGAGCACGGACGGCACGAUAGCCUUCUGGGAUUUAAAGUUAGCGUGAUCCGCCUUCGUUCGACAUAUCAAAGAAACCCAACGGGUCGCCAAGAAGAAGGCGGCGAUGAAACGGCCGGAAACGCUGCAACCCUUGUCGCCGUAUAAACAUCUCGAUCGCAUCUUCCGGCCGCACUAUCUGCUGAUCGUCCAUCAUCCCGACGUCAGCCGUAGAGUCGUGAUCUCCACCCUCACCAUUUUCGUGCCGGAGUUCCAGAAGCAACGCGUCGAUCUUACCCAGUCGUCGAAGGACGUCACCGUUAGAAGAUACUUUAAAAAUAUAGUCAAGAAGCCGGACUACGAAAUGCAGCCGAGCAUGUUUCUCGGCACCGUCGAAGGUGAUUUCGGUUGCGUCAAGUGGAGAGGAUACGAUUUCUCCACCGGCAUGACCGUUAACACCGAAGUCUGCGAGUGGUCUUGGUGCAGAAAGGUGCACGACGGCCCGAUAACUCACGCGAUCCGGUCGAGGAUCUUCAGCGAUUUAAUAGCGACGAUAGGCGGCAAAAUAUUUGCCAUUUGGAAGGAAACCUUAGACGCCCCGUUGAUAUGGAAGAAAUCGACCGUCGGGUACACGGCUGUGUUUUGGGGACGUUCGCGUCCCACGGUUCUGAUCCUGGCUCGCAUGGACGGCACCGUCGAAAUUUGGGACUUUUUCGUUAAAAGCGAAGAGCCAUGCAUCACGCAGAGCCUGUCCGGUCGCAUCAUCACAGGGAUAUACAUACACCUGUUGGACUUGGACCCGUUGUGCGUAGGAUUCUGCGAUUACAACGGCACCUUGCGGAUGUUUCAUCCUCCGUCCACGUAUCUCAAAUACGACGGAAGCAACGAACGAUGGAUGGCUCAUUUCAUCAAGCAACAACUGCUAAGGACAGAGAACUGCAAGAAUUGGCGGAACUGGUGGCGCGAGACUCACCGCGAGAUCAUCGAGGAGAAACAGAGACUGAUGGAGCGGAUCACGCGGAAAAAGGAGCUGGAACAGGAAGACAAAGCCGGGGGUCAAUUAACGGAGACAGACACGGCUGCGGUGGAAGUAACAAAGACGUCUGUACGCGACACCGACGAAUACGCUUCGACGUGUACUCGCAAUCAGAGAGUCGUUCGACUUAAAAAACCGUGGGAGAUGAUCGAGGAAGCGCGCGCGCGAUGGAAGCAGAUGCAGCUGAGACGCAUGCAGCAUGUGCUCCUGGAAAAGAAGGGCCUGAGAAAGGAUGAGCUGGAAAGGCAACGCGAGCCAAUACUCAGGAUGCGCGAGGAGACCAAGAGGAGGAGGGAGAAGUUGAAGGAGAAGCUGGAUUCGCGGGCCAAGAUUUUCGAGCACACCGUGAGCGUAUUUUUCCCGGAACGUCCGACUGAGGUCAAGCCUGUGUCGGUGAGCUCGAUAGGCUCGGGUAUCCCAAGGAGAACCCGCAUCGAUACAGCGCUGGUGGAUAAGAUAUUGCAAGGAGAAGUAUUACAGGUGAAUCAGCGAGGAAGGCGCAUUAGAUCUAUGAGAAAUACGAUGCUCGAUGACCGAGACGUUUCCGAGAUUGAUAUCGCUGAUCGGAAACGUUGGCACAGCUCUUCCCGAGGCGCGUAUUCUUUCCUUGUUCUUGGAAAAUUCAUAAUUAAAAAUCUCCGGUUUUCCUACCGUCGCGGCCCCAUUGUCAUUCCCAGCAUAAAUCGCGACCGAUUGUUCGUUGCUAAUCAAACUAAAUAUACGUAUCUCUCUGUUCGUUCCAAGGCUACCACUUAUGUCGAUCCGGACGAGCUGAUCGUGCAGCAUUUCGUGGAGACGCAGUCGAAGAUGUUGACGUUCCUGCGAGAAAACAAGUUGACUCACACGUUCGAUUGGCGGAAAACGUUGCGCGAAGGAAAAUCGAGGCGCGUUGACAUGGAUCACAUGCUGGAGCACAACACUUAAACGGCGAAACGGGAAUGCAAAAGAGACAGAUUGUUGUUCCGUUCGAGAAGAAGCAUCGUGGUUUAUCUGUAUGCGCGUGCAAUCGCUCGUGCGACCCGACACUAGAUGGCAAUUGGAAUAUGUAUUACGAACUCAAUGCCGCCGUGAUUGGCUCUGAAAGACUUCCAGCAAAAGAAAGAAAACAGUUCCAGUUCUGAGCUAUCUCAUUUUCGGAUAUGCUCUCUGUUUAAAUCGUUCUGUGAUCGCAGAACAUCGUCACCGACGUACGACUCUCAAGAGUAACUUCCUUCCACUCCGUGUAUCCUUCAUUUUUUACAACCUGGAAUAACCUUGAACGACUUGUCGAGGCUAACGAGGCAGCAAACGGCUUAUAACACACAGAUCCGUAUCCAUUUGCUCCUGACACUGUCGGAACUGUUUACCAAUUGGAUCAGGGCUGUCUAAAAUGUGGCCAGGAGGGCCACAACAGUUCUUUAGACGAUGCUAUGGACAAUUAUACAGGGUGUUCAACGAAACGGUCGCACCGAUUUUUAAGGGAUUUACGCUAAUCUGACGAAAAAAAAUGUUUGGAAUACAAAUUAAUGUGUACUUCGAGGAAUACGAAUUGCAGAAAUAAAAAUUUCGGAAAAUCGUUUCAUUCGAUAAAAAACACAUGGUCACCAUGACUUUCUUAAACGGCACUACGUAUUUUUAAACAUACAUGCAACUCAGGAUCAAUAUUUUCGUUACCGAUUGACAGCAAUAUAUAAUUAGAUAAAUGCUCUUACAUAACUUGUACUGAAUUAUUGAGUAUAACGCUAUUUCAGCAACAGAUCGGAUCAGAA